AUGUCAGCUUACGAUAAAAAAAAACCUCUUGAGGGUGAAACACCUGAGGGUACUUCAUUUGAAAAUUCUACUCUUCAAAUAUCUGGAAAUACACAAAGUUCAAGUCCUUGUAAUGAAAGUGGCCAUAUUGAAUCUAAUGUUCCAUUAUUAAUGAACCAUAACUUUAGUCGUAUAAAUGAGAAUAAUACAAACUUACAUAUAAUACCAAACUCAUCAACCUACGAUCAAGUACAGAAUCUUGCAUCGUUAAGUUCACUUCAAAAUAUGGGAUUGAAUCCUCUGCAACAACAGCAGAUGUUAUUUUUGCAUGCCCUUCAACAACACAAACAGCAACAACAAAAUCAACAACAACAAUGCCAGAUACAAUCACAACUUUCACAUCUUUCUCAACAAGUACAACAAACAAAUCAACAAUCACAAAUACAUCAGCAAAGUCAACAAAUACAAUCAAAAGUAAAUAAUUCAAAUAAUCAUUCUCCCCAGCAGCUACCUCAACAGUCGCAACAAAUACCACAACUUCAACCAUUUCAAUUACAUUCACAACAAAAUUUAGGGUCACCACAAUUACAACAACUACAAUUUCAAUUACAACAGCUUCAACAACAACAAAAUCAACAACAACAAAAUCAACAACAACAAAAUCAACAACAACAAAAUCAACAACAACAAAAUCAACAACAAAAUUUGCAUGUAUCUAUGAAUCCAAUGAUAAUUAAUAAACAAACUGUAAAUCCUACAGUUUUUCAAUCAACUGCAUUAGUGAACAAUAUGUUAUCUAACACAAAGAAUAAUAAUACAUGUACAAUGAAUCAAAUACCUAGGGCUACAGUAGGAUCACUAUCUGGUAAUAUUAAUCAACAAUUUCCAAUUCAUCCAUUUUUAAUACCUGCUCUGCUUCAAGUACAGCAGUCUAUUGCUUUAAGUGUAAAUAAUACAAUAAAUAAUACUCAUAUUCCAUCUAAUACAACAAAUCAAAUAUCUACAAUACCAAAGUCAGAUAAUAAUGGGAAUAAUUCUUCAUCAUCAACAGUAAUUAAUAAUAAAUCAACUCUUAAUACAACAAUUCCACCUACUCUUUCAGCAUUGAUACCACCACCAGGUCAAUCUGGAAUUGUUCCAGGAUAUUUAAAUCCCUUUUUUAUGUUACCAAGAGUUGUACCUAAUCCAUCUUUAUAUUUUGCCUUUAAUCCUUCUAUUGCAGCUGCAGCUGCAGCUGCAGCAGCAGCAGCAGCAACACCAACACCAACACCAACACCAACACCAACAACAACAACACCAACACCAACAACAAAUCUUCAAUCAACAAUACAAACUAAUACAGAUUCUCAUAUUAUAGAUACAUCUAAUUUACUAGGAAAUAACCCUAUAAUAUCACAAAAUUCCCAAAAAAUAGAACCAUCUUCAACUGGAAUUUUAUUAGAUGAUGACUUAGAACAAUUACAUAAUCAUGCAGAGAGUUUAGUUAAAACAUUACUUGAAACUUCUGUUCCAAAAUCAGCAAUACGUUUACGUUUAGAAUGGGAUCGUCGAAGAUAUUGCUUUAAAUUUACUGUAUAUCAAAUAGAAGAAGUUCGUGAUUCACUUGGUUAUCAAAAAAAACGAUUAAUUCCAAUAGAUCAAGAUGAAUUAUUUGUAAAUGUGAAUGCAUCAAAACAAUUAAGUAUAGAUAAUAUUGAAAAAGCAAUGUGGAGUGCAUUUGUAUCAGUUAGGCAUGCAUUAGCAAAAUAUUGUGAUCGUCAAGCAGGUCAAAGGAAACAAACUAAUACAUCAAGUAAUUCAACUCGUGCAAAUGGAUCAAAUUUAUUAAUAAGAUCAGAUGAAGAUCAAAUAUUUAAUGGACAAAUAAAAGGAUAUAAGAAAGAAGAAUAUGGUUAUGAUGGAAGUAGAUUAAAUACAAUUAGUAUAAAUACAGGAAUUUCAUCAAGAUCUUACAAGAUUUCAGAAUCAGAAACAAGUGGAACAGGAAGAGGUAAGAGAAGUGGUAGUACAACAACAACUAGAUCAGGCCGUUUUGUUGCUUUAAGGUAUGGAUAUGAUGAUAUACUUUUAAGUGAUGAUGAUAUGGCUGAAUGUGAAUAUGGAAGAAAAGGAAGAGGUAGAAAUGGUGUGAAAUAUAUUGUUUCAUCAUCAGGUGAAGAAGAUAUUACUGGUGGAUUAAAUAAUGUAAGUGGAUCAAAUACAGGGAAUCGCUAUGCAAAGACAUAUAUAACAUCACAUAGAGGACGUCGUGCAAAUAAUAAUAAUUUAUCAAAUUCUACAAAUAUAGGUUAUAGAACUCGUGGAUCUUUAUUAGAACCAUAUCAACAUGAACCUAUAGUAACAACUGGUUCUUCAAAUACUCCAAUAUUUGUUUUAGAAAAAGAUACUCCUGGUAAAGAUCAUUCUUUAGUUGGAUUAUAUGCAGAAUGGGUUGAUAAAAUGACCCAAUGGGAUGUUAGAAAGGGUCCAUUAAAGACUGUUUUUGUUACAGAUAAUAAUAUUAAUAAUAAUAAGAAUAGUAGGGGUUCAUUGAGAUAUACAACAAAUAACUAUAUAAAGUGGGAUUCCUCUCAUAUUACAAAUGAUUUAAGGGGUAUACAUAUUCCACUCUCAAUAGCAGGUGAUUAUUUUGGUUUACUAAGGAAAGAGAUACCAAUUAAAAGAAUUGAAUCUCAAGAUUUGAAUUUAGAGCCUUGUAAAAGUAUUGAAGAUUCAACUAGAUCUCAAAGUGAAGCAACAAAUAAUGAUGAAAUUACAGAACAAAAUAUAUGUAAUGAAAAUAAAGAAAAAGAAUUAGAUUCUUCUUCAGUUCUUGUUAAAUUAUCACCUCAGCAGGAAUUAGCACAUAAAAUUAGUGGAUUACAAUUAAUAACUAUCAAGACAAAUCAUGUUCCAAAUAUUAAUCAAAUAAGAUUUGUAAGUAGUGAUAACAAUGAAGAUAUAUUUAAUUGUACUAAUAUACAAAGUAAUUCACUUGAUGAGAAUAAUAAUAAUAAUAAUAGUAUAGCUACAGAAGUAGCAUAUAUGGAAAAAAAGUUAUUAGAAAUGGAAGUUGUUGAUCCAGUAUUAGUAUCAACAAUUCAGACUACUGCAGCAUUAGAACAAAGAAAAAAACGUGAGAAUAAACAAUCUUCACAUAUUGUACCUCCAACAGGAUUAUUUCUAUCACCAGAAUACCCCUCUCAACAUUAUGAAAAUCAAGAUGAAAGAGAGGAAAGAGAAUGUUUGAUUGAUAAAUUAGAAUCUUAUAGAAAUUUAGUUUUAAGAUUUAUGCAUCAACAACAUGGGGAUGAAUAUAUUGAUGGCCAAAUUCAUCAACAAGUUGCAACAACUUGUACAAUACAAGAAACAACUGUUGAUGAUAAUAGUCCAUGUGAAGCUGAUAUUGGAGUUGAAUCAAGCACUGGGAUUAUGGAAGAUUUAAAUGAAAAUUCACAUGGUUAUAAUGAAACAAUGGAUUAUACUACAAGUUGCAAUAAUUCAUCCAGUACAAAUAUAAGAAAAAUUAAAUAUCCGACACGUGGAAUGAAGAGAAAAGUAUCAUCUAGGUCGGCAAUUAGUGGUGAAAAUCCCAAUUUGGAUGGUAAUAGUACAAGUAAUCAACAUAGUGGAUCAAGUUCUACAGAAAAUAUAAGUAAUCAAGCAUGUAUUUUGAAUACAGCUGACAAUUGUACUAAUUCACUAGGUUCAUCAAUAUCAUCUAGUGGUGGAGCUAUAGCAGCAUCUGCUAUGUUAGAAGGAUUAAUUACCUCUGUAAGAGGUAAUGCAAAUGAUAAAUAUCGUCAACAAGCUUAUCCUCAAAAUCGUUUUGUAUCAAAAAAGAAAGGGAAAGAUACAAAUGAGAUCUUGGCAAAAUAUGUAAAUGAAUUAGCUCAUGAAUAUUGUUAUCGUAAUUUUGGUUCAACUAACUUAGCUGAUGGAUAUAUCAAUGCUUUCAAUAGUCAUGUUUUAAAGAUAAAAUCAAAAGAUAAUGAAACUAGAAAUAUCGGAUCAGUGAUAAGCUAA